GUCAGCUCAGGACGUGCGCCGUCAGGCCCGCAGAGCAGCGUCCAGGCUUUAUUUAUGUUAAGCUCGCCGCGGGUCCCUUAGCGUUCUUCCGUCCGCCAGAGGAUUCUUUUUAGUGCAGACAAGGAACUGCCCAUCUAGGGAAUAAUGCUCUUCCCCGCCAUCUGCUUUUUUAAGCUGAUGUCACCAGACAACUUGGACUGCUAAGAUUCUGUGCUUGCUUCUUGUCAUGCAGCUGAUUGGUAUCUUGAAUUGAUACAACCGUCAUGGCAUCUCUUGAUGAUCCUGGGGAAGUGAGGGAGGGCUUUCUUUGCCCUCUGUGCUUAAAGGAUCUACAGUCUUUUUAUCAGCUUCAGUCACAUUAUGAAGAAGAACACUCCAGCGAGGACAGAGAUGUCAAAGGACAGAUAAAAAGUUUGGUCCAGAAGGCUAAGAAAGCAAAAAAUAAGUUGUUGAAAAGAGAAGAUGAUCGGUCAGAGUCUGGGACACAAGGAUAUGAAUCUUUUAGCUAUGGAGGGGUAGAUCCAUACAUGUGGGAACCACAGGAACUUGGUGCUGUGAGGAGUCAUCUUUCUGAUUUCAAAAAACAUCGAGCUGCCAGAAUUGACCACUAUGUUGUUGAAGUCAACAAAUUAAUAAUCAGGUUGGAAAAGCUUACAGCCUUUGACAGAACAAAUACUGAGUCAGCUAAAGUAAGAGCAAUAGAAAAGUCAGUUGUACCAUGGGUCAACGAUCAGGAUGUUCCUUUCUGCCCUGACUGUGGAAAUAAGUUCAGCAUUCGUAACCGCCGUCACCAUUGCCGCCUUUGUGGAUCAAUUAUGUGCAAGAAGUGUAUGGAACUGAUCAGCCUUCCCUUGGCAAGCAAACUCACCAGUGCCAGCAAAGAGGCCUCCUUGACUUCCCACAGCAGUCCCAACCAGUCACCUAAUAGCAUCCAUGGUUCGCGAAGGGGCAGCAUCAGUAGCGUGAGCAGUGUUAGCUCUGUAUUGGAUGAGAAAGACGAUGAGCGUAUCCGCUGCUGUGGACAUUGUAAAGAGGCCUUGCUUAAGAGAGAGCAGCAGAUUGAUGAGAAGGAACAUACUCCUGACAUUGUAAAACUCUAUGAGAAACUACGAAUUUGUAUGGAGAAAGUUGACCAGAAAGCUCCCGAGUAUAUUAAAAUGGCAGCAUCACUGAAUGCUGGGGAAACAACCUACAGUUUGGAACAUGCUAAUGACCUCCGAGUAGAAGUGCAGAAAGUGUAUGAAUUAAUAGAUGCUUUAAGUAAGAAGAUUUUAACACUAGGCUUGAACCAGGAGCCUCAGCCACAUCCCAGAGCUUUGCAGCUCCAGAGAAUGAUAAGAUAUUCAGCUACGCUUUUUGUACAGGAAAAGUUACUUGGUUUGAUGUCACUGCCAACCAAAGAACAGUAUGAAGAACUGAAAAAGAAAAGGAAGCAGGAAAUCGAAAGGAAACUGAUCAUGGAAAGACAGGCUGCUCUAGAACUACAGCGAAGAUCGGAAGAGAGACAGAAAGAAUUGGGUUCCCGAGGUGCGGUGAAUGGAGAAGAGACUUUUGUCCAUAAAGGUGCUGUGAGGAAAGCAGAGGGCUGGCUCCCUAUGUCCAGUGGGCCAGACCACAAUGAGGAGUCAGACCCCCUCCUGCAGCAGAUCCACAACAUCACGUCUUUCAUUAAGCAGGCCAAGGCAGCUAACCGGAUUGAUGAAGUACGCAUGCUUCAGGAGAACCUACGGCAGCUCCAGGAUGAGUAUGACCAGCAGCAGACACAGAAAGCCAUUGAACUAUCUCGAAAGCAGGCAGAAGAGGAAGAUCUGCAAAGGGAGCAACUGCAGGUUCUUCGGGAAAAAGAAUGGGAGAGGGAGCAGUCCCAGGUACUCUCUCAUCACUCACGGACUCAUUCUUUAGACUUCAAAGACAAGCUCUUUCAGCAGGAACCUGGGAUGGAACCUCAGAACCAGAUAGCACAUGUUUUGGACCUGGGUCCCUCUUUGGUCCGAAAUAAUGUGACUUUUAAGAGCCCUUCUCCCAACUCAGUCCAGGAGCCAAAUAAAGAGAAAUCUAUGUUUCCUAUGCUUGGUCAAGAAAUAGUGAAGCAGAGUACUGGGGUACAUCAAAAUGAGGUAGCUUCCUUGAACCCCUUUGAAGAGGAAGAAAUCUCUAGUCCUGGAAACGAAGACUUCACUAAUCCAUUUGCUGAAGAUGUUGCUCAUGGAGGUUCUUCACCUCAUUCAGCAGUCCCCAGUGUUAAAAAAGAAUAUAAUCCUUUUGAAGAUGAGGAAGAUGAACCCCCUGGAGAUGCAGAUGGCCCCAUUCUCAAUCCCUUUGAAGUGGAUGAUCUUCCUUAUCAAAAGCAUUCCAGCCCUCCCAAUCCUGGCAACCCAUUUGAGGAGCCAGUCUCCACCAAUCCCUUUGACAUAGAUGACAGUGAGACUGAGAGAGAAGAGCUCAUAGAGGAAGAGCUGCUUCUCCAGCAGAUUGACAAUAUCAAAGCAUAUAUUUUUGAUGCUAAGCAAUGUGGCCGCUUAGAUGAGGUGGAAGUGCUGACGGAGAACUUGAAAGAACUGAAGCGCGCAUUGGUCAAGCAGAAGGAGAAAACUAACUGAUGGGAGCAGGCAUGGGAAUACUACCUGUGCCGGGGGCGCUCACAAGGUGGUCUGAGAAUGGGAGCAAUGGCUGAUGGAGGCUUCAAAUGGGGACAAAAUAAGAUGGACAAAGUUAUGAAAGGGAAUCUGCAGUUUAUGCUAUGCACUUUUACUGAGGUGUUUCCACUAACUUAAUAAAAAGGGGUACAUGAACAGGUAAAUAAGCAUUCAAUUGCUGUUUUCCUGUUCUUAUUUUUUUCCCCCUUAAGAAGGGAUUGAAAAUAGUCCCCCCAGAAUUGUUAUCUAAAUGCUAUGCAGGUCUGGGGGCCAGAGUAAAACUAGCUAAAGUCACAUGGGUCAGUUUUAUUACUUCUCUUUUAAUCAUUAUGCAGUAUUAUGGGGCAGCCUUAAAAACUGGCCUUCCACCAAACCAAGAGUAAAACUUGGUGUGCUGAGGCAGAGGUCUGUGAUCUCAAAGGGAAUAACGUCAUAUUAAAGCUCCAUCAUGUAGCUUACCAAAAACUCCCAGCUAUUUAAGAGCAGGUAAUAUUCCCUUGCACUGUGGCUUGUGCCCAACUUUGUAGUUGUUUACUCUAAUAGAAACAUGGACCGUGAUAUUUAGAAACAGACAUUAGACUUUUCAGCAAUUUUCUUUUUAGAAUAUUGAGUGGAAAUAUUUUUGGGCGGGAGAUGGGAAUGAGGGGUUGAGCAAUGGAAUGUUAAAAUUCCUCUCUAGACCUUAGCCCUUCUCCUUAUUUCUGAACCUAAAGUGGCUUGCACAUCCCAUUGUCAGCAAGUCAAUUGAGACCCAACAGUUGGCUGCUGCUGUUUGGUACACAAGCACCAUCUCGGGGAAAACAUAAUCCCAAAACUAUAUAUAGGGACAGAUGAAAUGAUGAUGUAUGUAUUUUUGGAACUCCUUGCCUUGAAACUUUGGAAAAGCCACUCCUUAUUACUUAGGCCUCUUUUAGCACUUAUGGGAAAAGGAGUAUGUUCUUAAAACAGAGGAAAAAUUCAGAUACCUUUUGGGACAGAUUGAGACAGUUCCAUAUAUUCCUCCCUCAAGGUAGUGAGUCAGAGGAGACAUUUUCACCACUGCUAUUAGUAUUACAAGAGUUGUAUGUUUUGAAGCACAAUAUAUGAUUGUUAUAAUACAGCUGCAUAACUUGAAUUGUCACAAUUUCAAGGCUAAAAAGUAGAAUAUUUAAUUUACCCCUUAGUAGUCACUGCACUUCUUAAGAACAGAACCUAAGUAACUUUAAGGGUUAAAUUUAGUGUAGUCCUAUGAAGAACUGGACCUAUUGCCACAUUCAUAUUUAAGUAGACUUCUGGCAGUAAAAUUUGUGUUACUGACUAAAAAUCAUGUACCCCAUUACGUUUAUGUGAUCUGAACCAAUUUCUGUUCUUUUGAUUCUCUGCAAAAGAUGACAAAAAUCAUUUCUCUCUUAUUAGUGAAUGAUUGUUGCUCAUCACUAUUUCUAUCAUGGAAUUUCUAGUAGAAACUUAAAAAAAAAUCUCUUGAAACUGUUCAGACUGCUGUAAAGUUCAGCACAUUCUGCUUCUACUGGCCAGUGAAAAGGGGUAGAAUUGGGAGAAGGCACUUUUGGCCUUAUGAUUCUGAUUAAUGAAAAGGUAGAGUGUGUGUGUGUAUGUAUGUGUGUGUAGGUGGAGUUUUUGGGAUGGAUGAACAACACAAAUAUAAUUAAGUGCUUUAGGGAACAAAGCAACGACGUGUGUAAUUGCUACUGUGUUAAUCAAGUUUCAAUUGUAUAUUACUUUAAUUGUGGGCAGAGCCAAAGUCCAGUAAAUCUUCUCAAUGGACCUUUCUGAUUUCCAUUGUUUUUGACUAUAUACAUUUAGGGUGACAGCAUUGCCAGGAUUCUUCAUAGAAACUUCAAGAACUAAAUCCCUCUUUUUCUGUUAUAAUUAUAGUAUUUUUUUCCUAAAAGAGGGCUGCUUUAGUUUUACCCCUUGAAUCAGUAGUCCCUAAACUUCAAGAACACUAAGAGACAUAUUUAUAGGGUAUGUUUUAGACGAGUUUAUUGAAUGUACUAAAUAAAACAUCCAUUUCCUCACAGGAACAAUAUUACUCCAAAGCUGAGUUCUUCUGGAACCAUAUUCAUGUAAUAAGAACACAGGGGCAUUUGGAGGAUCAGAAUUCUCUGUGACUGAUCUUCACUAUCCACCACUUACUGCCCCUUGAUCCAUUUCUUGUGCCAGCACAAUGUCGACGGGUGAUGAGUUGUGGAUUUGAAACUAGUUUUAAGUCCUUGCCUUCUGUGUGGAUGUUCCACCCCUUUGUAAGCCAUCUGAGCCGGGGCAGUGUCAUCUCUAACCAGAGAUUUGAGUUGGGUGAAGCCAGAGGGGUUGGUCUGUUUUUAGCUUCUCUUCUUAAAGGUAGAGAAUGUGUUAAGACACAUUUGGGUUUUAUACAUCAGAUAAAUUGGGUUUCUCUGCAUUAUGCUUUCUAUUUUUCCUGUUUAAUAUACACUAAUCAAGUAUACUUAUUGUACAUGUAGCUCAGUGUAUUUUUGCUAAGACGCUGAAGUGUACCUUUUAGUUCCGUGUCGUUGUGGUCAAUGUGGUAGACUAGGCAGUCGGGUAACUGACCAAAAGCUGGAAGCUUACUUGUUUGUACUUGGGCCGUACGGGGAUACAGACUGAUAGCUGAAAAAGCCACCUGUCCCCAGAAUCAUGUAGCGUUGGUUUGUACGUUUGCAUGCACUGUCGCAUCCUUGUACUGAAAUGUAAAAAAAAUAAAGUAACAAAUUUU